AUGGACAUCACCGACCCUCAAGCCUGGUCACCAGCCAUUCUGAAUUAUGUCAAAGAGUUCACUGCCGAGUUUGCUCAGUUGGAUAACAUCGAGGGCAACAAUGCCGGCGUUCCUGGCUCUGCAAAUGAUGGCCAGGCAUCCAAUCGUCUCUUGACAUAUCUCGGCUCCGAAGAGGCCAAUGCCAUGGCACCUGUGAUUUUGGAUGCCACACAUCCUCUUUCAGAUUACUUUAUCUCCAGUAGUCACAACACCUAUCUGUGGGGCAAUCAACUCUAUGGUAAGGCUAGUACCAAGGCUUAUCAGAAAGUCCUGGAAAGAGGCUGCCGCUGUGUUGAGAUCGAUGUUUGGGAUGGAGACGACUCGGACUCUGAUACUUCCGACUCGUCGGCCGAUAGUGACAGUGACGUCGAAAAUGAACGUGGAAUCAAGAAGUUGAGCAAACGUUUCAAGGACAAGAUGGGUCUGUCCAAGUCCAAGCCUGAGUCCAAGCCGAAAGACAAGCCAGCAGCUGCCUCCGCUUCGCCCGAGCAUGAAGUUGUGGGAUCAGCAGGCCUUCGCAGGACUGUGUCCAAGACUGAGCCACGCGUUCUCCAUGGAUACACGGCAACCAAGGAGAUAUCUUUCAGAGCCGUCUGCGCCACUAUCCGAGACUACGCCUUCACCGCAAGUCUCGAAGUUCACGCAGGUCCUGCUCAGCAAGAGAUUAUGGUCGACAUCAUAAGAGAUAUGUGGGCACCAUACCUGGUCGACUUCAAUGCAGUGACUGGCCAUGAGAUUUCUCUGCCGACUCUGGAUUCCUUGCGUAAAAAGAUACUCAUUAAGGUUAAGUACACUCCACCAGAUAAGGCGAAGAGCGAGCCAGUCGUUGUGUCAAGCAACUCAACCCUCGAAUCAGGCUCAGAGGAUGAGUCUCAGGAGAUACCGGCGAAGAAGAGUCACAUCAUUACAGCGCUCGCUUCUAUGGGCGUCUACACCCGCGGUUGUCACUUCAAAGACUUUGAUCAGCCGGAGGCCAAGCUUCCAAACCACAUAUUCUCCCUGUCUGAGUCCAAGAUCAUCGAAGUACACAAGCGUGACCACUCGGCAUUAUUCAGACACAACAAGAUUGUCGCCCUCAACUGGCAAUAUAUCAACGCGGCAACCAUGCUCAACCAAGCGAUGUUUCACGCGACGGGCGGUUGGGUGCUCAAGCCUGAAGGCUACCGCAGUUUCCACAGAGCCCAAUCUCAGAUUGCGGCGCUCGACCGAGGUAAACUUGACUUGACGAUCGAGUUGCUGGCUGGUCAGGAUAUUGGUCCGGCUGACAAGAAGCUUCGUCUCUACGUUCGUUCUGAGUUGCAUAUCGAGGAUAUGGAAGAGAUUAAUGGUGGAUCUCUGCCUGAGGAGGGCUCUACCAAGGAGGGACAGAUCAAGGCAGUCACUGAACUUGGAACGGCUGGCAGGUCUCCGGAUUUUCGGCGCCAAUUGCUUCAGUUCAAGGUCGAUGGCGUCGCCGAAGAGCUAACUUUCGUGAGGUUCAAAGUCAUGGAUGACGACACCUUCAGCCGCGACAACCUAGUGGCAUGGGCAUGCUUCAGAUUAUCCAGACUACAGACAGGUAUAAGGAAGAUACGUCUGUAUGACUGCGAGGGUCAGCAGACCAACGGGAUGCUGCUUGUGCGCAUAAGCAAGAGACUCGAUAUUGAGUAA